CCGGCAUACCGACCCUGCUCUACUCUACUGCACCUCUGUUGCUACAUACCACUUCAGAGAGUCGACCAGAGUACCAGCGAACAGAGUGAGCGGCGAUCACCAGGCAGACGCGCCAUGGCCGCCGCCGUGCCGUUGCCGGUGAUGCUCCUCGUCGGUGCCAUGGCCGUGGCCGUUAUGCUCGUCGGUGCCGGCGCAGGCGCGGCCGGCGUGCGCGGCGGGCGGCGGCAGCAGCCGCAGCAGCUGAGGAUGGGGUUCUACGCCAAGAGCUGCCCGGCGGCGGAGCGGAUCGUGGGCGACUACGUCCGGCUGCACGUCCGGCGCGUGCCCACCGUCGCGCCCGCGCUGCUCCGGACGCACUACCACGACUGCUUCGUCAGGGGCUGCGACGGCUCCAUCCUGCUCAACUCCACCGCCGCCGGCGCGGCGGAGAAGGACGCGCCGCCGAACCUGACGCUGCGGGGGUUCGACCUCAUCGACCGCGUCAAGGGCCUCGUCGAGGAGGCCUGCCCCGGCGUCGUCUCCUGCGCCGACGUCCUCGCGCUCGCCGCCCGGGACGCCGUCGCCGCCAUUGGCGGGCCGUCGUGGCGCGUGCCGACGGGGAGGAGGGACGGCACGGUGUCGACCAUGCAGGAGGCGGUCCGCGAGCUGCCGUCGCCGUCCAUGACCUUCCCUCAGCUCGUCGCCCUCUUCGCCGGCAAGGGCCUCGACGUGCGCGACCUCGUCUGGCUGUCAGGUGCGCACACCAUCGGCAUCGCCCACUGCUCGUCCUUCGCGGACCGCCUCUACAGCUACCCCACCGCCGGCAACGGCACCGGGACCGUCCCGCCCCUCGACGCCGCCUACGCCGCCAACCUGCGGCAGCGCAAGUGCAGGAUGGGCGGCCGCGACGCUGCGGUGGAGAUGGACCCCGGCAGCUUCCUGACGUUCGACCUCGGCUACUACCACACUGUGCUCAAGCACAGGGCCCUGUUCCGGUCCGACGCCGCGCUGGUCACCGACCCCGCGGCGCGGGCCGACAUCGCCGGCGUCGUGUCAAGCCCGCCGGAGGUGUUCUUCCAGGUGUUCGCGCGGUCCAUGGCGAGGCUGGGCGCCGUGCAGGUCAAGACCGGCUCUCAGGGGGAGAUCAGGAAGCAUUGCGCCGUCGUCAACAGCUAGAUCGAACGGAGAUGGGCAUCAAGGACUAUUUUUUCUGGAAACUGUUGGUGGAUGCUGUCAUUUUGCUCUUAUUCUUUGGUGAUGUGUAACCAGUGCUAUUUGGAUCAUAUUUUUGUUGAGAAUGGUGGUAGAAUAACUGAGUCUGCAGGUUAACUGUAAACACAGAAGAUAUAACAUGUGUAUGCACUACUUAUAUAA